GUGUUUUUAUAUUCAAAAGCAUAUAAUACUACAAAAAAAAAAAUUAAUAAACUAGAAAAAUUACUAAAAUAUUCAGGAUGGAAAAAUUUAAAUGACGUAAGCUCUAUAAAAUAUUAUAAUAAAAGUUAUAAUCUUAAUAGUCAGAUUGAAACACCUAUAACUAUUCAAAAUGGUGAUUUAAAAAUACGAUUAUUGACAGUAUUUCUAGGCUGCACAUACGCAAAAGUUAUAAAUAAUAUUUUUUCAAUUAUUGUCAACUGGGAUGAAAUUUGUAAAAAUCAAAAUGAAAAAGACAACAACUUAACAAAUGAAUGCAUUUACACUAAAGAAUUCAUAAACAUAAUAGCUAAAUUAAUUGUUCCAAUAGCAACAUUGAUGAAAGGUGCAAUGGAUGCUUUAGAUUCAUUACAUCAUUUACCAUUGGCUAAUUUUAAAAUACAUAACAAAAAGGCCUACAUAAUAAAAUAUUUAUUAGAUAGAAUAGAAAAUAUUUUUGGUAAAUUUAAUGAUCCGAGUCUAUCAUGUGAUGAUAGAUCUACAAACUCUUGGUCAUUUGAAAUUGCAUAUACAUUUUUUAAAAGAAUAAUAGAACUUUUACAACUUGCUACUGAUAAAUAUUGUGAAUUUGUACCUUACGAUACAAAUUAUUUAUGGACUGAAUGGGUUGAAGAAUAUAGAGGCAUUAAACAGGGAGUAAAGUUAAAAUUUUUUAAAUUCUUAACCAAAAAAUUUGAAAUUUAUAUCAAGAAAGAAAUUUUAGAAAAAUAUUUUCAAGUGGGAUUUAAAUUUGAUCCAAUUACUGAAGAAACGUUUUUACCAACACCGGAGGAACAAUUUGAUAUAGAAUUGGAAUUUAGAACAACAGACGAAGAACCUCCAACGCCAGUAUAAAUCAUAUUAAUAAAUAAUUAAUUUUGUUUUUAAUUUAUAUUUCAUAAUUAAUUACAUUUUUAGUAUUAUUUAGUAAAUAUUUUAAUGAUUACUAAAACAUAGACAUUAAUAGUGAAUUACACAAUUAUUUAUUGGUUAAACACAUGGAAUUUUAAUACAUUAUUGAUAUUAACAAUUAUAAAAAUUUAAUAUAAAAGUGUUCUUCAAAAUAGUUAUUAAUAGAAUGGAUAAAAUCCACCACCAGGUUUCCUAGUAUCCUGGCAUUCUAUUCCUACUCUCACCAACAAUCUUCUAAGUAGUAUUCUUUACACAACUAGCAAAUCUAUUCCACACAUUAUUUAUGUCUCCCUCGACAUUCCACACUGUCCUCUCUAUUACCGUCUUGACAAACUCUUUUUCAUUUUCCCCUUUGAAUUUCUACCAACGGAUUUUCUAUUUUUCUACCGUGAUCCUUCUG